AGUUGCUUCACAGUAUGAGCACGUCGUCCCUUGAUGAUCAAGCUGCUCAACUCAAUGAAGUGUGGGAAGCUGAGGCGAAGGGACGAGCGAAAAUCUUAGAAGCGAAUGGUCGCCGCAGGAAAAGGAUACAAGAAGCACGUCUUCUAGCCCAAUCAGAGAUUGAUCGGUUCAAAGAGGAAAAGGAAGCUGCCUUUAAAUUAAAGUGUCAAUCAUUCGAAAAUGAAUACAAACGGCGCAAAAGAGCAUUAAUACGCGAUGUUGAAAGAGAACUGAAUUAUAUGGAAGCAAGAGUUCAACUAUGUAAACCAACGGUUAUUGAACUCCUGGAGGUACUCACUACGAAUGUGACGUACGCUACUCAUCGAAACGUGGAAACAAGACAGUGGCUCGAUACAGUACCGGCACAACGCGGCUCUCCGCCAGUUGAUCGACGGCAAUGUGAUGAGGCAACUUGGAAUCUUAUACAGAAGUAUGCAAUGGAAUGUGAAAAACUAGCAUCAAGAAUACCAAGCUCUAGCGCAAGUGAGCGAUUCUGGAGUCAAACAAGUCCACGUUUUGAGUGAAGACCAAACAACGUGAAAGACUAAUUUAUAACUCAAGAAAUAAUAAAAGCGAACUGG